AUGGUAGUUGUAGGUGUAUGUACACCCCAAAAUGGAACAGCAACAGCAGCAGCAGCAGCAGCAGCAGAAGCAGCAGAAGCAGCAAAUGCAAGUGCAGCAGCAGCAGCAGCAGCAAGUGAUGCAGCAGAUGCAACAGAUGCAGCAGAUGCUGUAGUUAUACACACAGAAGGAGCAGCAGCAGCAGAAGACGAAGACGAAGAAGCAGCAGCAGCAGCAAUGAAUUAUUGUAUGCAAAAUUGGGAGAAGAAUUUUAUUUUAUUGGGAAUAAAAACACCACAACAAUUACAGAUAUGCAGGAAGCGUCCAAUUUUUUUACUAAUUGCUCUUAAUGCGCCAAUAUUAAUUCGCAUGCAAAGAGCAAAGAAUGAAGAUUUAACAACUUUCUUAAAAAAAGAGGAUGAGGUGAUGUUUGGAUCCAAUACAGAGGGAGGAGGAGAUGGCAUGAGCGCAU